AUGGAAUUACAACAACCUCCACCGAAAUAUUCAACUUUUGAUUUUGAUAUUGAGACUGUUAAAUUAUCAAAUAGUCCACAAGAUGAUUAUCAAAGAAUUUUUUUUGCAACAUUAUUUGAAAAAUAUUAUUCAAAUGAUGUUGCCAAAAAAAUUUCAAUUAAUGAUCUAUUUAAUCAACAAUUAAACAUUAAAUCAACUACUUAUAGAUCAUCAAUUGCAAAAGAUCUUGAAAAUCCAAAUUAUUUAACUGACGAAACAAAUAUUAAAAAUUUAAAAAUUAAAGAAUUUGAAAAAAAUUCAGACAGUAAUAAAGACAUUCUUUCAAAACAAUUUAAAAGAAAAUCAUCAAUUAAAAAAGAUAAAGGUAAUGAAACUUUAAAAUGUUUUGAAUACAAAUUUCCUGAUUUAAAAAUUUAUUUAGAUGAAUCAACAGAUAAUAAUAAUAAUAAUAAUAAUAAUAAAAAAAAAUUUAUUAUUACAGAAGAAACUUUAAAAAAGAUUCCAGUUGAAAUUAAAAAAAAUUUAAAAAUUAAUGAAGAAUUUUGUUUAAGAAAUAUGUUAGAUGCAAAUGUUGUAUUUAAUGAUUUAAAUUCCACCGAAUCAUCAAAUAUCGUUUCAUCGUCUUCAUCACCAUCAGAAGAUGAUGAAAUUAAAUCAAUUACACCAAAGGAUAAUGUUACAGUCGCAAUGAAUACUUUAACUAAAAAUCAACAAUUUAAAGUAACUAAAUUAGAUCAUAAUGAUGCAUCAAAUAAUAAACUUAUUAGUAAAAAUAAUACAGUUUUAUGGGAAUAUGAUACCGGUUAUGUAUUUUUAACAGGUAUUUGGAGACUUUAUCAAGAUAUUAUUAGAGGUUUAAUUCUUUGUGAUAGAAGAAAUAUUUCAAAUGAACAAAAUAAAUUAAUUAAAGAUAAAUGUAUUCGUGAAUAUGAAUAUAUUUCAUCUUUUGCAUUUUAUGAAUCGAUUAAUUUAAAUAUUGAUGAUGAUGAUAAAGAUAAUGAAAUUUCAAAUAUUUCACAAUAUCAAGAUUCAAAUGGUAAACAAAGAAAAAGACGUUCAAUAACAAAUCCAAGUAAUGCAAAUUUAUCAAAUAUUGGUAUUCAAAUUAAUGGUAAGCAAAAGACUUCAAUUGAUGGUAGUAAUAAAAUCAAUUAUUCUGAUUUACAUUGGAAUGAAAUUUCUGAUACUUUAUGUGAAAUUGUUCGUAAUGAUUUUAAAAAUCAUUUAAUUAAUGAUCAAAAUAUUCCAAUUGAAAAUAUUAAUGUUGAUGGUAAAAAUAUUAAUGAUUUGGGAAAAAGAAUUCGUGGUGGGUUUAUUAAAAUUCAAGGUACUUGGCAACCAAUGAGAAUUGCAAGAAGAAUGUGUUUUAGAUUUUGUUAUCCAAUUAGAUAUCUUUUAACUCCUUUAUUUGGACCUGAUUUUGUUUCAGAAUGUGAAAAAUGGUAUAAAGCUAUUGAAUAUCAUUCUGAAAAAAUGUUUGAAGAAAGAAAAAGAACUGGAUUUGUUGGUCCAAUGCGUUCAAAAAGAUCAAUUAGAAAGAUCAACAAUACCCCAAAAAAUUCUAAUACUUCGUCUCCAAAAGGUAAAAGAAAAGCUUCUUUUACUUCUUCAUCAAAUAUGGAACCUGAUACUAAGAGACCAACAUUAAGAGAUCCAUUUUCAAAUAAUGGUAUCAUUUUAACACCAACUAAAGAUCUAGUGACUACUCCUCCACCUAUAACACCAAAUUCUUCUAACAUUAAUAAAAAUAAUAUUCCAAGAGUUUAUAUUGCUAAUUCUAAACAAAGAGGUACUCAAUCAUUACCUUCAAUUCAAGGAAUAAUCAGUAGUGUUCAACAUAUUUCACCACCAAAUCAAAAUUUACAAAUUCAGAAUAAUAAUAAUAAUAAUUAUCCAAUGCAAGGUAGAAAUUCUGUUCCAAAUGUUCAUUUUGCACCUUUUGGUCAACAAUUAUCACAUUAUCCACCUCAACCAUUAGUUCCUCAAGUUAUCAAUCAAAGGCAACAACAACAACUACAACAACAACAUACUUACUUACCUCCACCAUAUCAAACAACUAUAAUGAAUCCUAUUAAUAAUAGAAUUUCAAUAGAUCAAUUUAGAUCACCAAUAAUUAGUACAGAAAGAUACAGUAAUGGAAAUUUAAUUCAAAGUCGUAAUUCAACGAGUAAUCAAAGUAGUAAUUUAACUACACCACAAACUCCUGAUGUUAAUAUUUUAUCUGCUGCUACGAAUCUUUAUAAUACAGGUGGACAUAGAUAUUCUUAUCCUCCGAAGGUUAAAGUAUCUCAAAUUGAACCAAGCAGUAAAUAUGAUUUUGCUCCAGAUACACAUAUGACAUAUAUUGGAACUCCAAAAUUAAGUGAUGUACCUCAUCCUCAUCCAUCAACGUUUUCUACUGUUACCACUGCAACUGCUACUACAACUAAUCAUGUUCCUCGUAGUUAUAACAGAGAAUUACCAAGAAUUAUUCCUCAAGCAUAUAUAUCUGCAGCUCAGUACCAAAUGCCAUUACAACCACCAGUACAAUUUCAACCAUAUCCACAACCUCAUCCUCAACACCAACACCAACAACACUAUCAACAACCACCUCCAUCUUCACCACAACAGCAACAACAUUAUUAUCAAUAUCAAUUUCAACAACCACGUUGA